AUGCCUUCUGGCUCUGCCGAUCCGGAUGAUAUAGGGGUUUCCAUUUUCAGGGAAAUCAAGCAAAGUUGCGUAGAUCUUUCACAGGUCACAUUUGCACCGCCGGAGACCUUUACGUCGAGGGAACUAGUGGAUGCCCUGAAACAGCUUGAUUCCAGGCUAACACGGGUCAUUGAUAGCUCGCAGGAUGCAAAAUCUCAUGGAAUUCCCACAAGUCUUGCGGACUACAUUUUCGUACCAAUAGCGUACUUGCUGAAGCGCCCCGUCAUUGAGGAGACGGAGUUGGAAUAUACAUUGUCGAUUAUCAAGACGCUUAUCAAAAGGUGUUGGGCAUUUCCAGGAUCCCUUCAAAUGGAGCUGGCACAGCAGCUUAUGCCAUUGAUUACAUUUCUUAUUGGCGGAAAGCCAAACUUAGAUGUGAAUGGAUUUCCUGAGCAUGCUGAUGAGACAAUAUUGAACGGAAUUGACUGUCUCCAGAAUCUACUAGUUGGCAUCAAGAACCAAGGUUCCAAAUACUCGGACAGGUUCUUAAACGAUCCCAAAAAUAUGCCUUCUAUGGGACAUAUGGUCACCGUGCUGCUGGUGUUUGUUCAAAAAGGACAAUCUAUGAAAAUUCAAGUUAAAAGCUUGGAAGUUUUAGAUGAUCUGUUCAAGAUGUUCCAUGAUGGCGAAAUCCUAUCCUUUAUGCUACCUGGAGUUGUCUCAGCGAUCAGUAAAGUUUUGAAGCAGAAAACACGUCAGAAGGUGGUUGCAAAAUCACUGGACUUGCUGACCACCACUAUAUGCUUUGUUUUCGACGACUUCGAUUUAGGAAUUGAGACAACGCGUAAAGUGGAAACCCUUGACGACGUCAAAGAGCAGGAAGUGGGCGUUGAACAUAGCUUUCAGGUUACAAUUUCUACCUCUGAUGAUAAAAGACUGCACAGAAAUACUAGCUGGCUGAAGGCUACCAUUUUUCAGCUUCAGAAGGCGUUCAAGAUAAUCUUGAAACUAAAACACCGCAUUGAUGUAAAGGAGCCAUAUUUCAAGCUUUGCUCGUCUAUGAUGAGCCGCUGUUUUUUAUCCUGUUCACUUUUGAUGCCGCAAAUACUUGAUUGUUUAGCGCAACUGUGCGACGAUGAGGACUGUUACGCGAAUUUUACGGAAGUCUUAGCUUUCAAUUCUCAUGUUCCAGAGAUCCUCAAAUUGAUAGAGCUGGAACUGGAGAACGGAAUUGGGAUGAUAAACACGGCUCUGAGCUCACCCGAUUCUUCUAAGGGCGUCGGACUAUUUAAGAAAUUUUCUUUCUACUUAUCAGUGCUGUCAGAAUUUGAGUGGAAUUAUUCAGCACUAGGAGAGAAGUUGAUAUUUACUCUCCAAAACGAGCUGAGACUUCUCAAUAGAAAGAGGAGACAACCAAAGCCGGUGGAAGUAUCGUACGGCAAUGAGCUCCUUUCGAUAGUCCUGACUUCUAAUUUCGAUGUGUCUGAAAAAGUGUGGCCCUUGAACGACGUCCUCGAUGCGGAUGUAGAGAAAUCUCUGAUGAACAUGCUCUCAUUUUUAGGACAAAGAGGGUCAAGUUUUUUACAGCAUAUCUUAUUUGAUCUGCCAGUGAUAGAUUCGGUUGAUUUGGCACUGGCGGAAUCUAUGUCUUUAUGGCUUGUCAUGGGUUCAGUGCAGAAGACGACGAGACUGCAUCAUGAAGAAUAUCUUAUCGAUGACUACAAAGACAACAGCUCUACUGAAGUCACCUACAACCUUUUGGAGAAAGCUGGGGAGCUUUUGAGUUUUACUGCUAUCCAUGAAGAGCCUGCCCUUACUAAGGCAACGAUAAUCGGGUUGCAAUGUAUCGGGAAGGCGUGCGACGUACUUGGGAAUGAUUUCCAGUCGGAACUUGUCGAUUACCUUUACCCGGUGGUAGACAACCUUGCAUCUCCCAAUGACUUGAUUCGUUUGCAAGCCCAGAAAGUGAUAUUGAAGAUUGCUCGCCAGCUGUACGAAGGCUCAGUCGAAAGACUUAUUUCGGAAAAUUGCGACUAUCUAGCGGACAAACUCUCAAUCAACAUGACUGGCGAAACCAUUACGCCUCGAACUCCCAUGAUCGUGGGGGUCCUGGUCAAAAUUGGAGGGAUACAGCUAGUAUCGCAAUUGGAUGAUAUAAUAGCUACUAUAUUCACACUGCUUGAUCUCUAUCAUCAAUAUGCCACUCUCUGUGAAGGUUUCUUUUUUGUAUUUGGUCAGAUCAUUGAUCAGAUCUAUAAAAGUGUCCUCUCCGGUGUGAGUUUGAAAGAUAUCGAACAGAAUUCUGAGGAUGUGAAUGUGCUUUAUCCAGAACCAUGGGGCUUAAGAAAUAUUGAGCAGGUUUUUGAAUUCGUUGAAAAACAGGCUGAAAUUCCGGAUUACGAUCACGAGAUUGAGGAUGAAGUAGUUGAGGAAUCGAUAAAGAAGGAUAAAAUGCUUGAUGUGGACAGCGACGAUGAAUCAGACACCGAAAUGAAAUCAGUUAUUUCAUCUCCGGAAGACGACACAAAAUGGACAUCACAAGUUUCACCAAAGGAGUAUAAAAUUCUAACGGAUAUUUUGCAGUACAGCGAACGGUUGUCCAAACACCGUUCUGUCAGAAUAACAGACAUUUCAUUAGGCCUCAUAAAUAAACUGAUACCCAUUCUGGCUACUGAGAGAACGAAAUUUUUCCCCAUUGUUGCUUCCAUUUGGCCUACAGCGGCCAGUUUCGUUACUAAUGAUGAUCCCAAGCUGGCAAGUUCAGCAUUGAGCGUAGUUCAUACGCUGAUAAGUUACGCCAAUGUGUUUCUAACAAAUAGGUUUUGUGACUUGGCAAAGCUCCUAAUCACGAAAUAUGAUAAGCUGAUAAAAAAACAUCAAUCACUCUAUAGAAGGCGGAGAGAGAAUGCAACGAAAAGUAUUGUGAACAAAACUAGCACUACCACUAAUUUUGAAGACAGAAUAUUCCAACAGUUAGCUGUGCUCUGCAAGACAGCUCUGCUCAAGCUUGGCCGGUCUUUACCACUAGAAACUGCUCUGGACAUUGCCCGUGUGGCAUGUCUUUAUGAUGACGAUGAGACACAUUAUGCAUUUUACGACGAUGUUGUAUACUAUCUGAAAAAUAAGGUCUAA